GCAGCCUGAAUCCCAGGCAGCGGUGAGGGACAGAGACCUGACAGGACUGCACCCAGCUCUCAGCUCCAUCUCGCCAGCGGUGCUGAAAGUGGAUGGAGAGCAGCUAAGAGAGACAGACUUGAAAGAAGCCCGGAGCUGGACACUGCGACGGUGUGUCUUGAAUAGUGUCUGAGAACAACUCACCCCAAAAGAGCAACAUGAUCCUUAACUCCUCCAAUGGAGAUGGAAUUAAAAGAAUCCAAGAUGACUGUCCCAAGGCUGGCAGGCACAACUACAUUUUUGUCAUGAUCCCUACUCUCUACAGCAUAAUCUUCGUGGUGGGAAUAUUUGGAAACAGCUUGGUGGUGAUUGUCAUUUACUUUUACAUGAAGCUGAAGAAUGUGGCUAGUGUUUUUCUUCUGAAUCUUGCCCUGGCUGAUUUAUGCUUUUUAUUGACUUUGCCACUGUGGGCUGUCUAUACCGCUAUGGAAUAUCGCUGGCCCUUUGGCAAUCACCUAUGUAAGAUCGCUUCAGCCAGUGUCAGUUUCAACCUCUAUGCCAGUGUUUUCCUGCUCACCUGUCUCAGCAUUGAUCGCUACCUGGCCAUUGUCCACCCAAUGAAGUCUCGCCUCCGCCGCACAAUGCUGGUGGCCAAAGUUACCUGCAUCAUCAUCUGGCUUCUGGCUGGCUUGGCCAGUUUGCCGGUAGUCAUUCACCGAAAUGUAUUUUUCAUUGAGAACACCAAUAUCACAGUUUGUGCUUUCCAUUAUGAAUCUCAGAACUCAACACUCCCCAUUGGGCUGGGACUGACCAAGAACAUUUUGGGCUUCCUGUUCCCUUUUCUGAUCAUUCUCACCAGCUACACUCUAAUUUGGAAAGCCCUAAAGAAGGCUUACGAUAUUCAGAAGAACAAGCAGAGAAAUGACGAUAUCUUUAGGAUAAUUAUGGCAAUCGUGCUUUUCUUUUUCUUUUCCUGGGUUCCCCACCAAAUAUUCACUUUUCUGGAUGUGCUCAUUCAGCUGGGCAUCAUCCGCAACUGUAAAAUCGCUGACAUCGUGGAUACUGCCAUGCCUAUCACCAUCUGCAUAGCUUAUUUUAACAAUUGCCUGAAUCCUUUGUUUUAUGGCUUUCUGGGAAAAAAAUUUAAAAACUAUUUCCUCCAGCUUCUGAAAUAUAUUCCCCCAAAGGCCAAGUCUCAGUCAAGCCUGUCGACAAAAGUGAGCACUCUUUCAUACCGCCCUUCAGAUAACAUGAGCUCAUCAGUCAAGAAGCCUGCAUCUUGUUUUGAGGUGGAAUGAGGGGUUCAAAGCUUGCUAGUGAAGUGAUCCCCUGAGAGAAGUCAGAGCAGCAUUUGGUUAGACAGCUUACUAUAAAAGGAAUCUCCAGCCCUUUCAACAUCAAGGCAGAUAAGUCCAGAUUUGUUGGACUGUACAUGUUCUCUGAAGUGCUGAAGUGUCCCUUUAAGACAAAUAGGAGCGAAACUACUGUUCACCACCUUUCUCAUCGACGGGAUAAUAACUGCUCUAAGGACAUUUCAGAAACUAAGUGACUAUUGAUUUUGAAAAAAACAUGUGUUGGCAGAAAAGCAAUGUUUCCUGUUUCCCCUCAUUCUGUUACUUUUGUAUUUCCACAUAAAAUUAUUUAGAAUGUGUUAAAUCUGUAGAUAGGCAAAAAGGAGAUGGGAGAACUCAGUAGUUCCGAGGGACAGAAAAACUUUCCAGCUAUCUAGCUACUAAAGACUAUGACAUCAUUGUUCCUAAGAUUUGCUAGGCCAUACUCACCAAGUUUCAAAACUUUUUGUGGAGUUCAACUAGUAGUUUGAGAAUCCAUACUGCCCAAACAGUGCCCACAAAACAGCUUACCUAUAUAAUGGUGUUAUAACAGUCAUACACCAAAGUUGAACCAUGUGUGAUUCUGUCUCAGGGGUUUGUGUUCCCUAGGCAGACCAGUUUUAUUUCACAUCUGAGAAUUGUAUAGUCCUUGUUAAGCAGAUUUGUCAUAAAAUAUGUCUUACUGUUCUAAAAAUGUACAUAUUCUAUGUGUAUAUGUAAAACUAUAUUUCUAAGCUGUUGUUUGAUUAAAAUCUAGAAAACAUACUUAUUUUGAAAUAAAUUUAUCAUAAUGUAUUUAAUAUUCACUACUUAAAAUAUACACUGAUUUAUUUUUAAUUAAAUCAUGAGUAAAGAUGAAUAUUAUUUUAA